AUGGAACCCGCCCUGGACGAACACCCGGCUUGGCAUAAUAACUCCAAACUAAUAGAGAACUUAAUUAUAGGUUAUAUUAACGAACGCCCUUUUUAUAGGAAGCGCUUUACUAAAAAUAAGAAAUCGAGAAGGUCUCGCGCAAUACUAGAAACUAUAUCUACACACGCCGGACGAGGCGGAAGAGAUAGAAAUUACUUUGCUACCGCGGCCGAGCAACGGGUUAUUGAACUCGAGCAAUCGAACGCAGCCUUGGUCCAGGCAAGCGGCCAACAGGUCGAUGCCCGAGUUGUUGAACUCGAGAGACAGUUGGCCGAAAAGGCACAAGUCGAGCAGAAGUGUACUGAUGCAGAGGCACGCGCUUCGGCUGCCGAACAGAAGCUCCUUGAGCAAUCGGCCUCGGUCCAGGGGCAGGAAAGUGACCAACAGGUCAAUGCCCGAGUCGCUGAACUGGAGAAACUGUUGGCCGAAAAGGCAGAAGAGCUUCUGCAAUCUCAAGAGUCAGUGAAGACGAUCCAGGCCAGUCACCAAGAGAUGGAUGACCAAGUCACUGAACUCAAGAGACAGUUGGCCGAAAAGGCACAAUUCGAGCAGAAGUGUACUGAUCUCGCCGAGGACCUCCAGGCUCACUUCACGGCUCAACAGCACGGGGAUAUUGACAUGGAACUGGACAAUGACAGCCAUGGCAUGGAUGGAGAUGAUAUGGAUCUAGGGCCCUUCGAAGACGAAGCCGACGAUACCCUUUUUCUGUCAACUGUUGAGGGUUUGUGCAAGAAGGCACCGGAGCAAAGCUCCAUGUCCCAAAUGCAAGAAAUGCCCGGCUACAACACAGUGGCUAGGUUGUUGCAUGGAGUGUGGCUAGAGUAA